AUGUCUGACGGAAAGGACGAACUCGUGCAACGCGCCAAGUUGGCCGAACAAGUAAGUUUUUGCCUGCAAAUGUUGUUAUUUUGUCUAGUGUAAAAUCGAAAUUCAUCGAAAGUCAAAUUUUUUUGGGAUUUGUAGGAUGAUGUAGCGAAAAGGCUAAUAUUUUUAUUUUUUUCUUGCUUUCAGGCCGAACGUUACGAUGACAUGGCCCAGUCCAUGAAGAAGGUCACCGAACUCGGCUCCGAGCUUUCCAACGAGGAGCGUAACUUGCUCUCGGUCGCCUACAAGAACGUGGUCGGUGCUCGUCGUUCCUCCUGGAGGGUGAUCUCGUCCAUCGAACAGAAGACCGAAGGAUCCGAGAAGAAGCAACAGAUGGCCAAGGAAUACCGCGAGAAGGUCGAACGUGAGCUCCGCGACAUUUGCCACGAUGUCCUCGACUUGUUGGACAAGUUCCUCAUUCCCAAGGCCGGCAACCCAGAGAGCAAGGUGUUCUACUUGAAGAUGAAGGGAGAUUACUACCGUUAUUUGGCCGAGGUCGCCACCGGAGAUGACCGCAACGGUGAGUGCUUUGUUAUUAUGAGAAAGUGUGAUGUGAGUGUGCUUAGAGAACUGAUUUCGGAUGGAAAAUAAUACUUUUUCAAGGAGAAAUUACGUUUUUGUUUACCGAAGAGCUUGGAAAAUGAAAUUUUUUCUAAAAAUUGUUUUUUUUUGUCAUAAAAGAAUUUGGAAACGCUACUAAAACAGGAAUUUCCUUUUGCUUUUCCCUGUCCAAACAGUACUAAACAGCACCACUGACAGUUUGCGAGCACUCACACGCGGCUUUCUUUGGCAUCGAUUCUUUUGUGUGAAUUUCUGUUUGUUUUAGCCGUUGUUGAGAAGUCGCAGCACUCGUACCAGGAGGCCUUCGACAUUGCCAAGGACAAGAUGCAGCCAACCCACCCGAUCCGCCUGGGCUUGGCCCUCAACUUCUCUGUGUUCUAUUAUGAGAUUUUGAAUGCACCUGACAAGGCGUGCCAGCUUGCCAAGCAGGUAAUCCUUCGGACUAAUCGUUUUUGGGGUUUCAGCCGCGGCCCAAACCGGAGAAGCCGAGUAUUCGGCUGCGCUGGAAAUGGCCAAGAAGCAGCUCCAGCCCACCGACCCGAUUCGCUUGGGAUUGGCACUCAACUUCUCGGUCUUCUACUAUGAGAUUGCCUCCUCGCCCGACCGGGCGUGCCAGCUAGCCAAACAGGUGUUGAAGAGGAGAAGACGGAAUGAGUGGGAGACGGACCGAGGCAUUAAUAUUUUAUUAUACUAGCCUCUGUCUCGUUGAACCCCGUUUUUCUUUUAUUUUUGGUCAUUUGAUGGCCGUGGGACAACUCCAGAAUAUGUUAUACUAACUCCUUUGCUUGCAGGCCUUCGAUGACGCCAUUGCUGAGCUCGACACCCUGAACGAGGACUCUUACAAGGACUCGACCUUGAUCAUGCAACUCCUCAGAGACAACCUGACCCUGUGGACGAGUGACACCGCCGGAGAAGAGCAGGAAGGAGGCAACGAGACGGGAGAGACUGGAGGCAACUAA